AUGAAACUGAGCAGUGAGCUGAGGGAGGCUGAUUCCUUCAUCAGGAACCUUUUCCAGGUCACUGUGAACCCUGUGUAUCAUGAGAACCUCCCCAGCUACGGAGGACAGGUCUUCACCGCUGCAGACCACCCAGAGACGCCUGAAUGCACCACUGAAGACGGACUGGAUCAGGAGCACCAGGAGGACCAGGAGGACCAGGAGGACCAGGAACAUCAGGGGGACCAGGAGCACUCGGAGGACCAGGAGCACCAGGAGCACCAGGAGCACCAGGAACACCAGGAACAUCAGGAGGACCAGGAGCACCAGGAGGACCAGGAGAAGGAUGAAGGUGGAGACAAGCUGAAGUUCGCAUCAUGGAUGCUUCAGAAAGCGUGGAUCGAGAGAACCUUCCAGAAGAGAGAAUGCAUCCAGAUUAUACCCAGCAAAGACGCCAGCAGGUGCAGCUGUGGUCAGCUGGUGGCUCAGCACACCCCUGUCCCUCCCAAAGACGAAGGAGCCCCGCUGGUCCAGCUGGAGGUCCAGCCUGCAGAGAGGUGGAGUCCCCUGAAACACACCCAGACCUCCCCAACCGACGCCUAUGGCAUCCUGGAGUUCCAGGGAGGAGGACACGUCAACAAGGCCAUGUACAUCCGGGUCUCCUACGACUCCAAACCGGACUCUCUGCUCCACCUCAUGGUGAAGGACUGGCAGCUGGAGCUCCCCACGCUCCUCAUCUCUGUCCACGGAGGCCUUCAGAACUUUGACCUACCCCCCAAGCUGAAACAGGUUUUCGGUAAAGGACUGAUCAAAGCUGCUGUCACCACUGGGGCCUGGAUCUUCACUGGAGGAGUCNUUUCAGGAGUGGUCCGCCAUGUUGGAGAUGCUCUGAAAGACCAUUCAUCCAAGUCCAGAGGUAAAGUGUGUGCUAUCGGCAUCGCACCGUGGGGGAUCGUGGAGAACAAAGAAGACCUGAUCGGCAGAGACGUGACCCGGUCCUACCAGACCAUGUCCAACCCGCUCAGCAAGCUGUCAGUCUUGAACAGUAGCCACUCCCACUUCAUCCUGGCCGAUAACGGGACCAGCAGCAAGUAUGGCGCUGAGGUCCGCCUCCGCCGGCAGCUGGAGAAACACAUCGCUCUGCAGAAGAUCAACACACGUCUGGGUCAGGGUGUCCCGGUGGUGUGUCUGAUUGUGGAGGGCGGUCCGAACGUCAUCACCAUCGUGCUGGAGAGUCUGAAGGAGGAGCCUCCGGUUCCGGUGGUGGUUUGUGACGGCAGCGGUCGAGCCUCCGACAUCAUUUCAUUUGCUCACAGAUACUGCGAGGACGACGGGCUGGUGAGCGACAACAUCAAAGACCAGCUGCUGGUCACCAUCCAGAAGACCUUCAACUACAGCCGCAGCCAGGCGCAGCAGCUCUUCCUCAUGGUGAUGGAGUGCAUGAAGAAGAGGGCUCUGGUGAACUCUCUGGAGCAGGCCAUGAUGGACGCUCUGGUGCUGGAUCGGGUCGACUUUGUGAAGCUGCUGAUUGAGAACGGAGUGAACAUCCACCACUUCCUGACCAUCCCUCGGCUGGAGGAGCUUUACAACACGAAGCUGGGACCAGCCAACACGCUGCACUUUGUGGUCCGAGAUGUCAAGAAGGGGAACCUUCCUCCAGAUUACCAGAUCACACUCAUCGAUAUCGGGCUGGUGCUGGAGCUCCUGAUGGGCGGAGCGUACCGCUGCAACUACACCAGGAAGACCUUCAGGACGCUUUACAACAACCUGUACGGCCUCAAAAGACCCAAAGCUCUGAAGCUUCUCGGUAUGGAGGAUGAUGAGCCCCGACCCAAAGGAAAGGGAAAGAAGAACAAGAAGAAGGAGGAGGAGGUGGACAUUGACGUGGACGACCCCGAGGUCAGCAGGUUCCAAUACCCGUUCCACGAGCUGAUGGUGUGGGCGGUGCUGAUGAAGCGUCAGAAGAUGGCGCUGUUCCUGUGGCAGCGCGGUGAGGAGGCCAUGGCCAAGGCUCUGGUGGCCUGUAAGCUCUACAAGGCCAUGGCCCAUGAGUCGUCCCAGAGCGAGCUGGUGGACGACAUCUACCAGGACCUGGAGAACAACUCCAAGGAGUUCGGUCAGCUGGCCUACGAGCUGUUGGACCAGUCGUACAAACACGACGAGCAGGUGGCCAUGAAGCUGCUGACCUAUGAGCUGAAGAACUGGAGUAACUCCACCUGCCUGAAGCUGGCCGUCGCCGCCAAACACCGAGACUUCAUUGCCCACACCUGCAGCCAGAUGCUGCUGACCGACAUGUGGAUGGGCUGCCUGAGGAUGGGCAAGAGCAACAGCCUGAAGGUGAUCGUAGGGAUUGUCUUCCCUCCUGCCAUCCUGCUCAUGGACUUUCGUCUCGGAGACGAAGCUUCACAUCAUUCGUCCAAAGACAGCGACGACGUUAAAAGUAAAGAUGACGACAAAUCCAACAAGGACGCCGUUUCCAACGUGGACGCUGUGUCCAAGAAGGGAGACGAAGAAGAGAACCAGAAGAAUCACCGCAGGAGGAUUCCCAUCGGGAGGAAGAUCUACGAGUUCUACAACGCUCCGUUCACCAAGUUCUGGUUCAACACGAUCUCGUACCUGGUUUACCUGAUGCUGUACAACUACAUCAUCCUGGUGAAGAUGGAGCGCUGGCCGUCGCUGCAGGAGUGGAUCGUCAUCUCCUACAUCAUCACUCUGGGCCUGGAGAAAGUCCGACAGAUCCUGAUGUCAGAACCCGGGAAGCUGAAGCAGAAGAUCAACGUGUGGUUGGAGGACUACUGGAACAUCACCGACCUGGUGGCCAUCUGGGUGUUCCUGCUGGGCCUCCUGCUGCGGCUGCAGAACCAACCCUACAUGGGCUACGGACGCGUCAUCUACUGCGUCGACAUCAUCUUCUGGUACAUCCGAGUGCUCGACAUCUUCGGAGUCAACAAGUACCUGGGCCCCUACGUCAUGAUGAUCGGGAAGAUGGUACCAGUACCUCAGAGUACAGAUACAGUUUAUGCGAUGGAGAUCAACCCCCCAUGUGGAGACAACAUGUACGAUGAAGAUGGGAAGAAGCUUCCUCCUUGCAUCCCUGGAGCCUGGCUCACCCCCGCCAUCAUGGCCUGCUACCUGCUGGUCGCCAACAUCUUGCUGGUCAACCUGCUCAUCGCCGUCUUCAACAACACCUUCUUUGAGGUGAAGUCCAUCUCCAACCAGGUGUGGAAGUUCCAGCGCUAUCAGCUGAUCAUGACUUUCCACGACCGGCCCAUCCUGCCUCCUCCACUCAUCGUCUUCCCCCACAUCUACAUCGUCCUGAAGAGGCUUUGCUGCCGCUGCCGACGCAGGCCGGAGGGCGAACACGACGACCGCGAGAGACGCCUCCGUCUUCCAGGUACAAACAGAAUGCUGAGCAGUGAAGGCAGGAAUGAUGAGUGUGAAUCAGGGACUCUUCUAAGCCGGAGCAGGGUGGAGAACAUGUUCAUGCGUCUGGAGGAGGUGAAUGAGAGGGAGCACUCGAUGAAGGCCUCCCUGCAGACCGUGGACCUCCGCCUGGCUCAGCUCGAGGAGUUCUCCGGCCGGAUGAUGAACGCUGUGGAGAAGCUGGCAGGCGUCGACCGGGCAGAACUAGUCCGGUCCCACUCCAGAGCGUCGUCCAUGUGCGAGCCGGCUUCCCUGCUGCGUCACAGCAGCAUCAACAGCGCCGACGGCUACAGCCUGUACCGGUACCAGCUGGACCAUGAUGACAGGACGUCCAUGGCUGGAGACAUGGACGGAAAUGACAAGAAGGUCCAGCUGAGUCCAGAGAAACGAGGUAGUGCAGCAGGUGAUGUGAAGGAGUUUGGCUCAACUCUGGAGGUUCAAGGACUAAAGGACGGAGCUCAGUCGUUGUCGAGUGUUGACAUCCUGAUCUCCCCCUGUGACCCCGACCUCAGACCCAACACCACAUCAGCUCAGGAUGACCCCACCAGUGCUGACAUAGAAAAGACGUCAGAUAAGCGCCGACUGGAGGCGGCAGCAUCCCUCCCUCUGGAGGGGUCGAAGCUCCCGCAUCACUGUUCAACCCUUAGCGGCUCCCUGUCCUCCAACAGGAGGUCCGUCAGUGGCACCAUCUACAGCCCCAGCCAGCAGGACCAGCAGGGGGCCACAAGUUCCAAGGAUGGAGGAGAGGAGUCCAAGCUGCACAGCAGACAACCGGAGGGUGAAGCUAGCGGACCAGAGGAGGACCUGCUGGUGGAGGAGGACAGGACGUACCCGGCACUUCGCUCCAAGAGCCUCAACACCAACCCGAGGAGGGUGAGGACAAAGAGGAAGGACGAUGAUGAGAGGCCUCGUUCAGCCAGCAGCGUCAAAGACCUGGUGUCAGCAUUCAGUGGGCGGACCACGGGUCCACAGGCCAGAGCCAGGUCCAGGUCCAGGGACUCUGACUGCUGA